GAAAAUUUGCAAAUGGCGGAGCAAGUAUAUAUCAGUCGAGAUAGGACUAUAGGAGACCGACUGCACAUGUUGUUAUUGCUGUGUGGGAGUGAAGUUGUUGUUAACGUAACAAGUACGUUGCAAUAAAAGAUUUUCGAUGCACUUUGCAAUGGCGAAAUACUCUUCUGGCUUAGGUAGUGCGUAACUGAAGCUGUUAAUGUAGUACUCAAUCUUUGUACGGAGUUCGGUUAUACCAUAUAGCCGAAAGGUUAUAUUUUCGAAUUUUCACGAUUAAAUAUAAAAAGGUUUUGCAAAAUGAGCUUUUCACGCUGUAAAGCUUUAUUGCGAUUAGUGAACAUUUCUCAACGCAACGCCGAGUUUAAUCACGACGUAAGUCAGCGAUUCUAUUGUAAGAAAAUAAUUUUUUCAUCGGCAUCACCAAAUGAACUUAAAAUCAAGCCUGAAAAACAAGAAAAUGAGGAAGCUAAAAGCGAUAAACGAAUGAGGCGUAGAAGACAAUUUAGAUUACAAGAAACUUCUAAUUAUCUGUGUACAGAGAAUGAUCAGACUUUUAAAGAUGCAAAACCUUUGAAUAGGUUUUCAGAGUCAAAGGAAAUCAACAGUUAUGAGUGUGAUCGGUUACAAGAUGAAGAAGAACGCCAAAUUGUUAAAUUGGAGCCUGUUAGUAAUGCUCCCAAUUCAGAAAACUUGACUGUUUUAGCUCCUGCUGAAACAGAAGUAUUAGAUAGAGAGUCUAGUGCUGAAAAUAAAGAAGUUGCAAGAUAUAAAUUUAUGGAAACUCCUCAAGGAACAAUAAAGUACGACUUAUCAAGUGAUGAAUUUAAUAUAGAUAAAUAUAUAAAAGAAUUUAAUGCUAGUAUACCAGGACCUCUCGAUGAAUGCAACGAAGAUAUCUCUGACUUUGGUCCAAGUUUUCCACCUACAUUCAACUUUGCUGCUUAUGCAGACAAAUCAGUUCUGAUUCAGGAAUAUGUGAAACUUGGAGUAAAACUAUACAAAAUUGAAAAAGAUCAGGACCAUAUGAGAGCUCUUCUCAGUGUAGAUCUAGAAAAAGAACUGCCAAUUUAUAUCCAAUUUCUUCAUGAUUGUGGUGUGCCUGCUGACAGUUUAGGAGAUGUUAUAACGGAAAGUCCAAUGGUUUUGAAAGAAGAUUUAGAUGACAUGAAAACCAGAGUGAGAUACUUGAGAGCUCAUAAUUUUGCAGUGCAGAGUAUAGCAAGAAUUGUGACAAAAAAUCCAUCGUGGCUCUUGUGGGCAACAAAAAAGAUUGAUGAAAGGCUGGGACAUUUUCAAAAUGAAUUCAAACUGAACGGGCCUGAAGUACGAUUUUUGGCAACAAAACAGCCAAAACUUAUUACUUACAAUUUUAAACAUAUCCGCGAAAACACGUUUGCAAUCAGAGAAGAAAUGGGAUUCAGCAGACAAGAAAUGAAGCUUCUAUUAUUGGAUAAACCUCGUCUUUGGAUGAAUACUCGAAAAAAAAUUGUUGACACAUUUGACUAUCUUCAUAACACCAUGAAAUUGUCGCAUCUAAUGAUAGCUUCUCAAUCAGAUGCUUUAACUUGUCGCAAAAGUCGUAUAAAGAAUAGACACGAAUUUCUCGUUGAAUUGAAUAAGGUUCAAUACGAUCCUACGAAACCAGGGUACAUUGCUCCAAAAUCAAUUGCAGUUGGGUCUGAUGAAGAAUUUUGUAGAGAUAUAGCAAAAACAGCAGUAGAAACAUACAAUUUAUUUUUGAAAACGCGUUAAUAUAAUAUUGUUGCUUUACAUAUGUAUAUAAAUAAAUUUUGUUGUAAAUACACUCAAGCAAUUAAAUUAUACAUUUGGA